ACACCACCAGGCAGCGAGCAUUACUGCACGUACACACCCACACACAUGUUUCCCCCUAGACAACUUGACAGAAAAUUGAACAAAACACAUGGGUGUUCGGGGCAUGCGAUAAAUUUCUGACAACAUUUGACAGCUUGACGGCUCUUCAGCGUCCCGAUUAGUUCUGCUGUCAUUCGUGUGUAAUCGGAUUUGUGCUGCUACCUCAUACGACACGUAGUGGACACACCCCUCUCCAAGUACACACACACGCGUUCAUCCGCACAAUCAUAGGCAGUGUCGAGUGUCGUGUAAUCAUCCUCAUCAUCGUCAUCUCACGGUCCUUGACGUGAGCAAUCGAGAAUCGGCCCGAAUUUGACAGGUUCGUAUCGAUCCUAAUUUGCCAGCUAUUGAACCAACCACACAGGAAGCCCAAUCAAAACUUCAAGUGGGAACUAUUGAUCGGAAAGGUUAUUGAUCUGUGGAACCCGUACCUGUCCACAAGCAAUCCGAGAUUGCCUGCGGAGAAUACCAUCAAACCCCUUGAAUCGCAUCAAUCCAUCCAUCGGAUAUCACGUUGAAGAUCAUUUGUCGGCUGUUGUGUCCACCAAAAAUUCCAUAUUCAUGUUCCAUCUAACAUUCAUCCAGAAUGGAAUCUUUACCCUACCAUUUGCUCCACUAACUGUGAUCUACAAAAUUAUCCGCUGGAAAGUCUGUGAAAUGUAUUCUUUCUGUGCUCACUCUAUUCCGGCUCUCUUGUGCUGAACAAUAUGAUGUUAUCCGGAUCACCCAGUCAGCCGGGCUCACCCGAAUCCCUUUCUUUAACACGAAUGUCACCCAGCCGAACGGUUUCAGGCAAAACCGCGGGAUCUUUCAUCCCUCGCACUUCAUCUUCAGGAGAUCCAGAGGAAAACCUCACCCGCUGUCACGCCAACUCGCUGUCAUCUUCACGAUCCUCCUGCUCCUCUGCUUCGUCUGUUGAAGCUCCUUCCUCAAAUAAUAAUCUCGGUGAGCGUCCACCAAAUCCCUCCAAUACAGACUCCAGUGCUGUAUUCCCCACGCGUUCCAACGCCCCAACAAGCCUGUCCUCCUCUGGUACCCUCGCACCAGUAAGUAGUAUCCAAACUGGAUCCACAACAUGUAGUACAACAAGACUACAUGAAAAUCAAGGUCUAAAAGUUUAUACGAACCACGCUCACAGUUCGAGUACCGAUGGCCAUGGGACUUCCACUAAGAAAGAUGAAGAAUUUCAUUCCACCAACUAUCCCCCUUCAUUCUCGACUCCAGGAUCACAACAGCCAUCACACUCGCAACAGCGACAUCACUCGACAAAUUCCAAUGCAGUUGCUGGCGCAUCUACCCGACCCGAAAUGAACUCCAGACAGGUCAAUAUUCAGCCCUGCACCAACAGUUCCUCGGUGAAUGCUGGUCAUAACCUGGGUUUUGAUCCCAUCCUGGUGAAGGCCCGGGCCUCUGUAUAUGAUCACCCACUUUUUCCACUCCUGGCCUUAAUUUUCGAAAAGUGUGAGCUCGCCACAUGUACACCAAGAGAUGCCACUGGGUCCAGCGCUUCAAACCACUCUGCCAGUGCCGGGCUGGACGUAUGGUCUUCUGAAUCCUUCAACGAGGAUAUCGUUGUAUUCGCCAAAGAGUUGGCGAGCUCGCAAAAAAACAUCCGAACCGGAGAACCGGAGUUGGAUUCUUUGGAUAGUUAUGACCGUGGAUUCGUUUUCGCCGACUUGCCAUUCGAAUCGUGUCAGUCAACCAACGUUUUACCAGUGUUUUUCACUUUUUCUCUCUCUCCAUCUCCUGUUCAGAUAAUCCAAGCGAUUCAAGUUCUCCGGUUUCAUUUGCUCGAGAUUGAAAAGGUCCAUGAACUCUGUGAUAACUUUUGCUCACGUUAUAUCACUUGCCUCCGGGGUAAAAUGCCGAUUGACUUGGUCAUUGAGGAUCGUGACUCAGCCGGGUCAACAGGGUCUGGGAAUAGUCCUCAGCCAGCAAGUGGGCCAAUUCCUACCAGCUUGUCGUCCGGUCCGAUGAAUGCUGGGGCUUCUCAACCUGGAAGCAUGUCCUCUCAUCCUAGUGGGAACAACCUCUUUCACAACUUGUCUGAAGAGGGUGGCCCGCUGUCAGCGCAACACCCUUUACAUCACCCCAGUAUGAUGGGUUUGCCGGGCUACCCUGGAGCCUCCGGUUUCCGAGGUGACCCAACAUCAGCCUAUGUGGCUGCUGCUGCGGCCGCCUCUGUCUCCCAAAUGGGUGGAAUUCUCGGUCUAAGCGGAAUGUAUCCCGGUGUACAAGCAGGAGGACCAUUCCAACCGGGGUUCCCAGACCCUCGUUAUCCACACCAAAUUUCUUCCCAUCCAUCGAGUGGAUCCUUCCCAGACUCCAACAGCUAUUACGGUCAACAUUCCCAUCCAUCUGGUCAAAACCCACCACCCCAUCCCGGUGGUGGUUAUCAUCAUCGUGAUUCCAGAUCAUCCGGUGUCUAUCCUCCAUCCUGCGCCUCUGGUGGUUCCGCGUACGGUGGAGUGGAUUUGGGCCCAGAAAACAGACCUCCUCAUCUUGGUUCACCCUAUCCCACACAGAGUGCAAGUCUGGGUGGAGGGUCAUUUAACAGCUCCCCUGGAUUUGGCGGUCCAAACGCAGCCACACAUUUGGGUGCUCCCGGUGGCUAUGGUUCACAACAUCAGCAACAUCAACUCUCCACAGAUGCCCUUUCAUCAUCUUCUUCAUCGGGUGUUGUGGCACGUUCGAAGACAUCCUCUCCACUGUUGGGCAGCGUUGGAAGUAGGCGCUCACCGGAUGUGGACGACCACACCAGUCCAAACGGGGGUAGUGGGUGUAUCGGUGGCGGCGGAAGUGGAGCUUCCUCAAACCGAGGCGAUGGUGGGGGCGCGGGCGGCGGCGGAGGAAGUGGCGGAGGUCGGUCGGGUGGUGAUCGAAGUAGUGGCGGUGGAGGCGGUGGAGGUGGUGGUGGACGGUCAGCUUCUGGCGGAGGGCAUCAGCAAUCGUCUGGCCAGCAUUUGGGUCACCCGACAUCAAACCAUCAUCAUCACCAUCAACAGCAGAAUCCGCUUACACCACAACAACACUUGUCACAAGCUAACACGCCCUUAUCCCGGAGUCAUACAAGCCAAGAUAUGAACAGUGAAGCGGGUGACGGUGUAGAUAAUUCCGUUGGGUCCGGUGAGAAUAUGGAUGAAUUUGACCUGGAAGAAAAGGUAGCCAAAAGACAAAAGAAACGGGGAAUUUUCCCAAAAGCCGCAACCAACAUAAUGCGAGCCUGGCUGUUUCAACACCUAUCACAUCCUUACCCUUCGGAAGAACAAAAGAAACAGUUAGCCGCGGACACGGGCUUGACAAUACUCCAAGUGAAUAACUGGUUUAUUAAUGCGCGGAGACGGAUCGUUCAGCCAAUGAUCGACCAGUCGAACCGAGCGGGACCACAUGGCUAUCCUCCUGACGCCGCUGGAUGUCUGCCCUAUAUGGAUAAUCAGCACUUUGCAGCUUAUGGCCGUUCGGGCUUUCAUCCCAGUGGGCUACCCAGUGCAGAGUUGUACGCCGCUGCAGCAGCAGCUGCUGCAGCUGCCGCGGCAGGAGGAUCCUCCGCUGCUGAUAUGGACAGCCCAGGUGGUGCCGGAACUACCGGAUCCGCUCGUCCCGGGGUGAAUGAUGGCGGAUAUGUACCAAGUUACCUCGUAGGUGGAGGCAUGUCCGAUUCGGAAUUCGGACCGGCCAGUGCACUAUCCAGUUACCAUCGGACAGUUGGUGGCUACCCAUCAAUGUUGACAGGUCACCUACCCUAUGGAUCUUCCUAUUCUGCUCCCUCUCCGCCGCCUACUGGUAAUGGAAAUUCCGGUCGACCAAGCAAUCCGUUUUCGGGAUCCGGGCAGUUUGGGUUAUUUCCGAACGCCGCCAAUAACACCACAGAUAUGAACUACGGUUUACCUGACAGUAAACUUCGAGGGUCCACAGAUGCAGAAACUGUCCAGAAAGCGGCCGCUCAUCAAGCUACGAUGGCCGCCGCACACUACGCUGCAGCUGCCUUAGCACUGCAGCACCAACAAAAACGAGCGUCCUACACAUCUAACAGCACAGGACCUUCCAAUUCUCCCCCUGGUGUUCCAUACACUCCGCCAAACGGAUCCUAUCGUGGCAUGACCAACGGACACUUACCACAGUCCAGUUCUACGCAUCACUCUUCUGGCACUACGGCGUUUGGUGGAUCAGCUGGAAUUAUUCAACCCGCUCAUCUGCAAACUCACGCAGCCGGUGGAACGAAUGGUCAAGCAUUGAUUGGGUCUACUUCACCCAACCCUUUCUCAUCCUCAAAUCGCCAUCCAUUGGGACUCCCUAACUAUGGGCAUCACAGCAGUCACCUAGGUGCUCAUCCCCAUACAGGAGGCUUCCUUCCUUCUGUGGGUGGGCAGGAUAGCUUACCACAGCCUUCUCUGCAAGACAUACACGCGGGUUAGUCACCAUCAUAUGAAAUGCACAGUUAUCGCCCUCUAUGCAUCUUGACCUGGUUAGAAUUUGAUUUCACAAUCCCGGUGCUCCCACUCACCUGAGUUAAUACCUCGUCCAGCUGAUGUGUGUACAGUGGAGCUACGUGUGAACAAUAUGACUUCCCAAUGGCCUGGGCCACCCAUGUUGUACAUUGUCCACUAAGAAGAAUGGGAUGUCUGAAUUCUCAUCGCUCAGCCCAGAUAAUGCUGUUUCUGUUGCCUGCCCGCGACAUUUAAAACAACCAGGUAACAGUCAGCGUCCAGCUCAACCAAUGCACACUCCGCUCCCACACUUUUUUUGCAGUGCAGCAGAAGUUCAAGAAGCAUACUGCUGUGGUGAAAUACCUAAAGGCUGUUGUUAUUGAAGAGGAACGAUAAUACUGAGUAUCUCCCAUUGCACCGAAUUACUCUGGCCCAACACUUGUUAUUUUAAUGGGUUACUCCAAAUAUGAUGUAUCUGUCACUGUAACUAAGCUAACUUUUUGCAGUUCACCCCACUGCACAGCCCCUACCCAUUUGUUCAACCUCACAGUUCACCAAGUACCCAUCCAGACACCUUCAGCAAACUCAGUUGUAUACUAUUCCGAAGGUGUGACACAUAGCACCGCUUAUUUCUAACCGAGAACAAUAUGACAAACUUUUGUGCGGUUAUCUCUAUGCUUUUGCUGCGGACCAAUGAGAACCACACCAGUCGCCGGAUUCCUGCUCCAACCCCCGGGAUCAUCACGCACAAAAUCUAUCCCCACAUUCUCUAUCACAGUUGUUCUCUCUUUCUUUUCUGACAGUUUGUUCCUUUUUUCCAGGAAGUCCUCCUCCGUCUUUGUAGUUCAAUAAAUUGGUGUGCCAGUUGCCGAA